CCAGGUACGCUAGCAGGCUCAUGUCCAUCAAAAGAGAAGCCUCAUCUCAAGGACAGGAUAACCUGAGGCGGGAUGAAAUGCAGAAUCAAAUCGAUAGGGUCAAUGAGGAAAUUCAAGAAGCUGAAAUUCAAGGAGAAGAAAGUAAGUGCAGUCAGUUUGGUUUUGCAGAAUGCUUGUGAAUGUCUGUCCUCAGGAUAAUUCGAAGCUUGACCUUUAGCCAAUGGUUUCCUCAAUUUUUAACUCCAGUCCUAUUUGGGGGUGCAGGGAACUUGUCCUAAUGUGUCUCAUGUCCAUCAAAAGAGAAGCCUCAUCUCAAGGACAGGAUAACCUGAGGCGGGAUGAAAUGCAGAAUCACAUUGAUAGGGUCAAUGUGGAAAUGCAAGAAGCUGAAUUUCAACCAGAUGUCCGUAAGUAUAGUCAGUUGAGUUAUGCCGAAUGGUUGAGAUUGUUGGUAUUCUGGAUAUUUUGAAGGCUUGACUUGUACCCAAUGGUUCACUCAGUUUUUAAUUCUAGGCCUUUUGGAGGGGGAGGAUUUUUCCAGUAUGUUUUUCAUGAUUUUUGUUUUAUUAAAUAUUAAUAGAUUCCAUACAAAUUCUGUUUUCAAGCCUGAAAAGAGGUAAGGGCUCUGCCAGUGGAGUUAAUGGACUUCCACAGGGUCACUCGGUUUGGAAAGUCUGUAUGGUCAGAUCGGAAUCCAGCUCCUGAUUCUUAUUCCCAUCUUAUCCACAGCAACCAACUUCCCUUCUUGAUGUUUUCAAAAUUUCCUUAAACAUGGCAAGGAAUGUAACUUCAUAUUCUUUUUUUUUUCAUUUUAAACAUUAUUUCAUUUUGUCAUUUUCAUACAUUAUUCAUUUGAAACAUAUCAUUUUCUUUUCCUCUCCACCCCCCACCACCCUUUUUCUAGCCGACGGGCAAUUCGUCUGGGCAUUACGUGGGUAACUUCAUACUCUUGAACAAAGUGCUCUGAUCAUCAUCAUGAUCACUUUUGUUGAUAGAAACGUAAAGGAUGUAGGAUAUUGGACUAAAUAUUUCAACAGCCAAGGAAAAGUUCUCAAAUUUUACAGAAAUAUCUUAUGUGUGGCUCAGUGCUGACUCCAUAGUGAGGAAGGCUUGAGUUCAAGUCUUGUCUCAGCAACUGCCUGGAUCUAUGACCCUGGUCCAAUGAUUGAGCCUCUGCUUGAGUUUCCUCCACCCCAUUAGCGGGGAAAUAAUUGUAGCUAUCUCUCAAGGUUGUGGUGAAGAUCAAAGGAGAUGAUUUUUAUGAAGCACCGAGCAACGUAGUGCCUGUCACCUAGGAGGUACAGAACUUAUCCUUGUUCACUUCCCUGGAGUAAGUUGCUGACACUUUCUUAGAUUCCUGUGAGUCGCAAAAGGGAUAAAAAUCAGGAGUCUGGAUUUCUGGUCCUAGCUAUGCCACUAAGGACUUUGGGAGUAUUGGAAAAAAGAUUUGUUCUCCAUUGGACUCCACUUCUUAAUCUGUUAUGGGAGGAUUUUGCAGGAGAUGAGUUCUCAGAUCCUUUGUGUGCUAUUUCAAGGUUAUUUUCUUAUAUUUUUCACCCCCACCUCUCAUCUUUGUUAUCAUCCCUGCCCUGGUUUCCCCUUCUUUGCCUGUUCCACAGCAACUCCUCUUAAUUUCUCUCAAGUCGCUCAUGUCUUGCAGCAUCCUUUCCCUCUUUUUGUCUUAUGCUUUUGACAUUGUUUUCUUGGCGGACUUCCACUUGAGUUGAUUUUCAAGUCUUGUGGGGCUUCUCAUGCUUUGAAAAGACCCCAAGUCUCUUAGGAUGGAUUCUGUGACCUUUGAGCUGCUCAAAAUCUUUUGGAGCCUUUAUGUUGGGUAAGAAGCCUGAGACAUGGCACCAUCUUCAUCUUUCCAUCAAGGAUCAUUCAGCUCUGAUAUGGUCUAGGUAUUAGAGACUUGUAGACCCAGCCUGGUGCCAGGUAAGUGGUGAUUGACUAGGCUGGUUCUGCCCCUAAGAGCAGUGAUCUUUAACCCUAAUCACUGAGAGAUCCACUAGGAAACAACACCAAGAAAAUGAAGUGAUUCUGACUGCCAUGACAUCUUUGUCCUCCAGGACUCGCUGCUAUAGAUAAGAUUAAUGCUGUGAUUCGGGAAGGUCAUCCCAGUAACACCGUGAUGGCACUCAUGAAACCUGAGGCCCAGCUCCCGACCGUUCAUCCCUUUGCUGCUGUUCUGUAUCAGGAUGAACUGUUCAACCUUCAGAAACAGAGCUCUUUGAACUAUCUGGCUGCUGAGGAGCUGGCCAUGACAAUAGAAAUGGUGUCAGGUGUUGCUUUACUUAACCAGGCGUUGGAAACUGAGGAUCUUGUGUCCAUACAGAAUCAUCUCCAAAAUCCCUUAAUAGGCUUCAAUAAAGUGGAUGAAGAACAUUUGGAAUGGUACGCUAGCAGGCUCGUGGCUAUCAAAAGAGAAGCCUCAUCUCAUGGACAAGAUAUCCUGAGCCGGGAUGAAAUCCAGAAUCACAUUGAUAGCGUCAAUGUGGAAAUUCAAGAAGUAGAAGAAAUGCAUGCUGCAGUCAUUGCAAUUAAUGAAGCCAUUAAGGAGGGCAUCACAAAACAGACUCUUGUAACCCUCAAGAAUCCCAAAGCCGCUUUAACGUCUGUGGAUGAUAGCCUGGCUGAAAAUUAUCAAAAGGCACUUUGGGAAGCCAAGCAGCAGAAAGAAGAGAAGAACAUCCUUUCUGAGGAGGAAAGAGAUGAAAGGGAGGAGCUCCUGACCCAAGUCGAAAUCCAAGGGUGCAUCAACAAAAUCAAUAGGAUUGUUGCUAUCGAUCAAAUCAAUGCUGUGAUUCGGGAAGGUCAUCCCAGGAACACCGUGAUGGCACUCAUGAAACCUGAGGCCCAGCUCCCGACCGUCCAUCCCUUUGCUGCUGUUCUGUAUCAGGAUGAACUGUUCAACCUUCAGAAACAGAGCUCUGUGGACUACUUGCCUUAUGAGCAGCUGUCCAUUACAGUAGAAAUUUUGUCAGCUAUUGUUUUGCUCAACAAGGCUUUGGAAUCUGAGGAUCUUGAAUUAAUACAGAAUCAUCUCCAAAAUCUUUCAAUAGACUUCAAUAACCUGGAUGAAGAACACUUGGAACGGUACGCUAGCAGGCUCAUGUCCAUCAAAAGAGAAGCCUCAUCUCAAGGACAAGAUAAUUUGGGAUGGAAUGAUAUCCAAAAUCACAUUGACAGGGUCAACGUGGAAAUUGAACUAGAAAAUGCAUUGUAUGCUGCAGUCAUUGCAAUUAAUGAAGCCAUUAAGAAGGGCAUCGCAGAAGAGACUCUUUUAUCUCUGAAGAAUCCAAAUGCAAUUUUAACCUCUGUUGAUGAUUGCCUUGCCGAGAAUUAUCAGAAGGAACUUUGGAAAGCCAAGGAAAGGAAAGAACAGAGUGUAAAAAUGAAGAAUAUCCUCCUUUUUGAAGUGGAAAUAGACCCAAAGGAGGAGCUCCUGACCCAAGUAGAAAUCCAAGAGAUCAUCAAUAAAAUCAACAGGCUCGAAGCUGUCGAUGAGAUCAAUGCUGUGAUUCAGGAAGGUCAUCCCAGUAACACCAUGAUGGCACUCAUGAAACCUGAGGCCCAGCUCCCGACCGUCCAUCCCUUUGCUGCUGUUCUGUAUCAGGAUGAACUGUUCAACCUUCAGAAACAGAGCUCUUUGAACUACUUGGCUCAUGAGAAGCUGUACAUGACAGUAGAAAUAUUGUCAGCUGUUGCUUUGCUUAACCAGGCAUUGGAAACUGAGGAUCUUUUGUCAAUACACAAUCAUCUACAAAAUCCAACAAUAUGCUUCAGUAAUGUGGAUGAAGUAUAUUUGGAUCGGUACGCUAGCAGGCUCAUGUCCAUCAAAAGAGAAGCCUCAUCUCAAGGACAGGAUAACCUGAGGCGGGAUGAAAUGCAGAAUCAAAUCGAUAGGGUCAAUGAGGAAAUUCAAGAAGCUGAAAUUCAAGCAGAAGAAAUCAUUGCAAUUAAUGAAGCCAUUAAGGAGGGCAUCACAAAACAGACUCUUCAAACUCUGAAGAAUCCAAAAGCUGUUUUAAUGUCUGUCGAUGAUAACCUGGCUGUGAAUUAUCAAAAGGAACUUUGGGAAGCCAAGCAGCAAAAAGAAGAGAAGAAUAUCCUUUCUGAGGAGGAAAGAGAUGCAGAGAAGGAGCUCCUGACCCAAGUCGAAAUCCAAGGGUGCAUCAACAAAAUCAACAGGCUCGCUGCUGUCGAUGAGAUCAAUGCUGUGAUUCGGGAAGGUCAUCCCAGUAACACCGUGAUGGCACUCAUGAAACCUGAGGCCCAGCUCCCGACCGUUCAUCCCUUUGCUGCUGUUCUCUAUCAGGAUGAACUGUUCAACCUUCAGAAUCAGAACUCUUUGAACUACCUGGCCCCUGAGGAGCUGUCCACAAUAGUAGAAAUGCUGUCAGGUGUUGCUUUGCUUAACCAGGCAUUGGAAACUGAGGAUCAUGUAUUGACACAGGAUCAUCUCAGGAAUCCUUCAAUAGGCUUCAAUAACCUGGAUGAAGAACACUUGGAACGGUACGCUAGCAGGCUCAUGUCCUUCAAAAGAGAAGCCUCAUCUGAAGGACAAGGUAACCUGAGGCGGGAUGAAAUCCAAAAUCUCAUUGAUAUCAUUUAUGUGGAAAUUCAAGAAGAAAAAGCAAGUAAGUGCAGUCCGUUUGUUUUUGCAGAAUGGCUGAUAACGUCUGUAUCUGGAUAAUUGAAGGUUUGACUUUUAGCCAAAGCUUUACUCAAUUUUUAAUGCUAGCCAUUUUGUCAAGAAAAUUGUUCUAAUAUUCAUUAUAUGAUUUUUGUCUCAGUAAAUGGAAAGAGAUUCCAAACAAGUAUUGGUUUCAAGACAGAUUAACACAAACAACAUGAAAAUAGAUUCUGAUCAUGGACACACUUAAUACCCAGUGGAAUUACACAUCGGCUAUGGAAGGAGUGGGGGGAGGGUAGAGAGGAAUAGAAUUUGAUUUUUGUAAACAAUGAAUAGUGUUUGAAAUUGACCUAAUAAAAUUUAAAAAAAGAAAGAAAAAGAAAAACAACAAACAAGAGAAAAAAAAUAAAUUUCAUCUUACAAGGUUUACUUCAUCAUCCUAAAAAAAAAGUCAUAAGAGAGGUAAGGGCUAGGCAAGUAGAGUUAACUGAGUUUUCCAGGGUCACUUGGUUAACAAAGUAUAUGAGUCCACAUCUGAAUCCGGGACUACUCAACUCCACAGUCUCAUAUUUUCCCUCUGGAUGAUUGCUAAAUUUGCCUUUUACAUUGCAAUGAAUAUAACUUAACACUAUCUUGGCUGUGGCACUCUGUUCAUCAUUUUGAUCACAGACGGUGAUAGAAAUGUAAAGGAUGCGGGAUAUUGGACUAAAGUCUUCCUCGGCCGAGGAAACAUUCUGGAAUAAUGAGGAAAUAUCUGAUGUGUGGCUCAGUGCCUAAAGUGCUGACUGCGUAGUGCGGAAGGCUGGAGUUCAAGUCAUGUCUCAGCUACUGCCUCCUGAUAUGCCCCUGGGCCAAUGAUUGAGCCUCUGGCCGAGGUUCCUCCACGCCAAUAUGGGGGAAAUAAUAGUAGCUACCUCUCAGGGUUGUGGUC